AAAUAAAAAAGAAAUAAAAAAGGAAAGUUGCUUCUGCAGACCAUACGAGCCAGUGAAAGCCCUUGAUUGCAUUCUGCUCUGCCUCGGUGGCCGCAACCGGAUUUCCGAUCUGUCAUUGGCCACUUUCGACGCUACCGUCACGUACACGCUUUGCCCAAAUUCGCAGCCUUUGAAGAUUUGAGCGGCUGGCCCGAACCUUUCUACCUCUCGCAGUGGCUUUCCCGAGUCAAACGGGCUCCCCUUCCAGGUGCCUUUCCGAUUCGUAGCUGGCGUUGCUGAUCGCGAUUUGUCUUUGGAUACAUUGCGGCGACAUCGCGCCCGGUGCCAUUCUUUUGCGUUUGAUCCUAAGCGACCAAUACCGUACCAUUCCUGGAGAAUUUAGUGUGUCUGACUACGAAGGUUUUGUAAAUCGUUCUUGCAUCUCAUCGAAGCCUCCCGAACAUUCAAAAUCUGGCCGGUUGUUCAAGAUAGUCUGUCUUCGCGUUGACGAGUACCAUGCUGGAGCUGGAAUUCCCACCACAACCAUAUCCCUACUCCCAGGACCUCUCGAUGGACCCUAUGAUUAGUUGCAUUUCGAGUUCAGCGAAGGGUGACGAGCAAACAUCUGUUGGAGCCUACACGUCACUCUUAUCCGAGACGUAUCCUUUCUUCAUCCACCCAUCUUUUGCAUCAGGCUCCCAACAACCUAUCCCCAAAAGCCAGCCCUAUCCUAACCCGUCCGCAUCCCCUUCUAUUGCAACCUCCCAACCUGAGCUGUUGUCGUCUUGCAGCUCAAUAUCCACCCACUCCUUUAGCAGCGCCCCCUCAUCCUCCAUCGGGUCUCCCCACCGGGAUACCUGGCCGGACAUGAAUCCGGGAUCUGGCUUUGAGGAAAAUGCAACAGUCAGUGACAGAGGUUAUGCUCAAGAUUAUUUAUCUAAUACCAUUGAUGCCGACGUUUUGAUCUCACAUGCUAAAAUUUCCGAUUGCUUUGUUGACCCGUCCUUGAUUCAGCCUACCCAAGAUCCCAAUAAUUACCAGCUCCCUGUCAUAUCAUACCCAGAAGAUCUACAGCUUUGCUUUGUUACCUCUCCAACACUUGGUCAUCAACCGUCACCGCAACUCCACCACGACACCCAGAAGCAAUUCCAGCAGCGACACGAGCAGCAGCAAAGGAGGGAACCCAAUUUUCCCAUUUCUACCACACAGCGCAGCCUCCCCCAAGAAAAUAAGGCACUCACAAGAAGGUCUUCAAUCUCAUCUGUCCGCUCCCGUCCUUCGGUGCCUAGUCCCCAGCUAAGCCACAUUGGAGUCGAGGAUGAAGGCAAGGAAAAGGGGCGAUGCCCUCACCCAAAUUGCGGGAAAACGUUCAAAGACCUCAAAGCCCAUAUGCUUACCCAUCAAUCUGAAAGACCAGAAAAGUGCCCGAUUGUGAACUGCGAGUAUCAUCUGAAAGGGUUUGCUAGAAAAUAUGACAAAAACCGUCACACACUGACCCAUUAUAAAGGAACAAUGGUUUGCGGUUUUUGUCCUGGUUCUGGAUCUGCUGCAGAGAAAAGCUUUAACAGAGCAGAUGUUUUCAAGCGUCAUCUUACUUCCGUUCAUGGAGUCGAUCAAUCCGCGCCCAAUAGCCGGAAAAGGACCCCGCCCAACUCUGUGAGAAAUCCGUCCGGUUAUUGUCAAGAUGCGACUGGGAAAUGCUCGACUUGCACGGCAACCUUUUCUAAUGCACAAGAGUUUUAUGAGCACCUAGACGAUUGCGUCUUGCGCGUUGUACAACAGGAAGAACCAAGCGAAGCGAUCAAUAUGCGGCGUCUCGCCGAGGUGGAAUCUGACGAGGCCGUUAAACAGACAAUGAAAAAGCAUAUGCUCGUCAGCUCGACUAAUGGCAACAGCAACUUUGCUAGUGACAAUGAUAAAGAGGACAACAAACGGGAUGGAUUUUCACUCGAACCUGGUUCAAGCAAGGGGCCAACAAGGUCAAAUAUAGUGAACAGGUUUCUGCCCCCGAAUUCUGGUGCGAUUUCCAAAUCUCGACCGUCAGUUGCGCGGAGACGCAAUAAUCGAAACAACUACCCGCCCUCGUGGGGAUGCCCAGCUAAUAAGAUGAAAAUGAAGCGCCGACUCCUCUGCCUUUACGAUGGUCCACGGCGGCUAUGGAAAGAUGAAAUGAUGUUGGAUAAUGAAUUCGAAGUCCGUUUGAAUCUGCCAGGAGGUGAUGGAAUGGGACGCGAAGCUUAUGUGACUGACUUGGACGUGGAGACCUUGAAGCGAGCUGAAGGAGUUCUAAACGCGACGCAGGAAGAGAAGGGACCUUGGGACUCUGCCUCCGCCGGCCGCGGAUUGAUCGGUCCUGCUGCCGUCCCUAUACUCGGAAAUACAAAUGAUAUAGUGGAUGAAAUAAACAUUGAUGAGCUAAUGUCUUGAAAAGUGCAUUGGAAUGAAGCUGGAUAUCUCUUAUUAUGCAUAUGUCCCUCUUUUCUCAUUUCGCUUCCCGGAGAAUUAUACAUAUUUUAUUUGCCCAUAUCUCUUGCUAAUGCCUUCUACCCCUUUUUCCCCCAAUUUUAUUUUCCUUUUUUCCUUUUUUUCCCCCCCGGCAAACUUGUAUUUAUACUCAUCCUUUCUGAGCUAUAUUUGACGUCGGGCAAACAACCCAAUUCCUAAGCACCUUGUAGACAUUUUAACUAAAUCCGCAUGACUCACAUCCUGGGUCUUACCCAUCCUGGGGGGAAAACAAUGACGCGCUUGGGGCUUUAUAUAUUCACAUGGCUGGCGGUUAAACGUAUUAUAACAAAAAUUUUCGGCUCGCA